UGGGUCUCAUCAUAUGUUUUACCCCGAUCACAAGUUGAUCGUGCGGCCAGGAGCUCCUCUCUCACACUGAAACCCAAAGACCCAGUGAAGCAGCAGCGUCAAAGUCUCCCGACGAGGGCCGCGAUUCCGACUCCAAACGACUCCGUUCCAGGUUCUCAGUCGAACCCAGGUGCUCUCUCUCUCUCUGUCUCUCUCUCUGUGUCUUAUCUACUAUUCAUACAAAAGAUUGCAGCUGUCGGGAGUUAUCUGGGUGCCACAAGAUAAUCAGAAAUGGCGAUAACAGGCAUACUUCCAACUUCCGCAUCUCCUUUACAAAACCAUAAUCAUCUUUCUUUUAUCCCAAUAACCCAAAUCUCACAAUACCAAAUCACAUCAAAAGCACAUUUGAAUUCCCUUCAGAAAAGCACCAACCGCCAUGAAAACAGAAAGGAUCAGAUGGAGGCCGCUCUACCGACCAUGUCAGAGAUACUGAAGUCAUCAAGAGCCCAGAAGGUUGACCUCCAGCUCCAAACUCUGGGACCCUUUUUCAGAAUCACAGCAAAGAGCUUGGAAACCCAAAAUGAGCUCGGGAAGGCUGAGGGAGUGAUAAGGGUGUGGGUAAGAGGGAGAAUUCUCCACCUGGACUCGAUUCGAUUGAGGCGAGAGACAUUGGGCAUGGAGAAAUCGAUCUUUGGUAUUGGUUUGUUCAUUGGAGCUGUUGCCGUGAGGCAUGGAUAUGAUUGUGGUUGCAAGACAGCUGAGUUACUGGCUAUCAAUGACUCCGAUCUUUACCAUUCUAAGCUUGUUAGGUUCUACACUAGAAUUGGGUUCAAGGCUGUACAUGAAGUGACUGGUUCGACAUUGGGAGAUUAUGGCCACAUGUUGGUUUGGGGAGGUAUUGGUACCCGAAUGGAUGCCAUUGUUGAAGAGCUUCUUAUAAGAUGGUGCACCAGGUUCAAGUUUCGAAAUUGACUUAAUGCUGGUCAAGCUCAUACACUUCUUCUUUUUUUUUUUUCUUCCUUUUUUUUUUUUUUUUUUUUUUUUUUAAAUUUUUAAUUUAUUAUUAUUAUUAUUAGUAAGUUCAUACACUUCUUAAUCUUUUAGAGUGGAUUGUUAAAAGGGGUAACCUGCAUAUAUAGUUUUCACAAUCUUGGAAUCAAUUAUUCCCAACAAAGCCCAAUUUAUGCAAGUGUUUCUAAAAGCUUUCCCUUAAA